AUGGAGGGCAGUGACCAAGAGGACGCAGCGGUCACCGUCGACGGGGGUCGAUGGAAGCCUCGGCCCAGCGUCACACUUCGCCGCAGCAAGUUUAAAGUGCUGAAUGAUCCACAUUCGACAGGCCGUCUGGUCCCCGAGAAGGAGUUCAAACGUGCCAGGUCCUAUCCUUUACAGUCCAUGCCAGGGGUUGAGAACCUGGAAUCCUGGCAAACGCGCUGUGAGGAGCGCAUGGCCGUCCUUGCCAAAAUUCCUGCUUCCUUGACCGAUAUCUGGAAGGAUUUGGACAUCGAAAGCGACGGAACAUGGCUGCCGACCGUGUCCCGGAUGAUCAGUGACGUCAUAAGAAGCCAGCUGUACAAAGAGGGCUUCACGGACGAGGAUUGGGAGCUCGAUGGAGAGCGCUCCAGAUGUACAAGGAAGGGGGAAUUCAACCCCAGGAACCGGAAGCAGCCUGGGGACUCCACCGACAGGGCGGAGGAAGGAGACGAAGCAAUACCAGAACAGCGGCCAGGACCAGAGGAAGGGCGGUCAGAAUCAGAGGAGCGGCGACCAGAACCUGAGGCGGAACCCGUGAAGUCCAGAAGGAGACCAUUUUGGCUAUGGCCGAAGACGCAGGCUCGCUUGUGGCCGAAGAGAAAGGCAGCAAGGAGAAAGAGGAGAACUAUCAGAAAGGCAAAGCACCGGGAACCCUGGAGACGAUUCGCUGUUCGCGGGGAAGAUGCGGCAUGCGUCGAGAUGCGGAGCACUUUGGGUUUGCCAAGCUAUGCUGAUGUGGUCCUGGCACGUUGGGGGAAGUGCAAAGCAGAGACGGCUGACAUACUGGUAGACCCAGCGCCGACGAAGGCCUGGCGCCUGUCGUCGACGCAUGCUUGCCGUGUGCACCCGAACGGAGUGCAUGGAAGCCCCCACAAGCGUAUACUGCAUCGGUUGCUGAAGACAGCGGGUUCCGAGGAGUUGAUUGAGAAAGAAGUGGAGCAAGAGUGCGAGCCCCCUCCCGACAUCCCUGACCACAUGGACUGCUUGGGGUCCGAAGUGAUCUUGACCGUCUCCGUCCAUGGUAAGGAUGGGAACAAGGAGCAGGAGUACGACAUCCUGUCCACCCAGACCUUGGAAGAGCUGCGAGAUGCCUUUUACUUUCCAGAGGAUUGGAAGUAUGAUGGCCCAACACGCCUGGAUUCUGCAUGUUUCUUUAUCGAUGGCAUUUUCUACAGUGACAGGAGGUGGGCUUCCUCCUUGGACUAUUCCAAGGAACUGAUUCCCCAUGCCCAGCAGACGGGCUGUCAAAGCUUGAGGGAGACGUCCUCUCGCCCCAUGGUUACCAGGCUGUGCGAUCUGGAGCGGAUUCCAUUCGGGGAGAGGUGCGCCUACAUACAUCAGGGGAAUGAGGAGCAUGCAAUCUACUUCACAGGCGUCCGCCUGCCUGCCUCGAGCAGCGACUGCCCUCUGAAAGAUGCCUACCCUCUGCUCACCUUCAUGAGGGACUUCCCUCGCAAGCUUUGUCAAGCAUGCAUCCAAACACUGGCUUUCUGGGCGGUGCACAACGCCGUCCGCUGUCCACGGAAUCCAACCUACGUUUGCCAGCUCUGCUUUCGUCACUAUUUCCAAGAUGAAGAUGGCAAGCUGCUGAGACCCUUAGACUACCAGGUCUUCCCUUACCUUCAUAGUAGCUGA